AUGGCGGCGUGUCUUAUCUUGUGUGUCUGCGUGUGGGCGGCGCAGGUUGUCCUUUUCCUCCGCGAGAGCAUCGUUGGGCUGGCCACGCUCGUCGUCAUCUACUGCGCGCCGAGGAUCUGCCGCGCGCUCAACCACGUGUGGGGGACGUACGUGAUGUCGGACGAGGAGGUGACGGAGGAGGAGUUUGACGACAGCAUGUUCGGCGCGCUCGUCCGCCCCAUGCAGUUCGCGCUCGCCUCCGCCUUCCUCACGCGCCAUCUGCACGUGCUGGUGCCGGCGCUGAGGCAGGCGGGGCAGGCAGUGCUGAUGGCGCGGGCGAGGGGCGUGGCGCUCGUGGUGGCGGCGGCGUGGUUUGCCAUCGGGUGGAAGGACCGCAUUCUGAAGCUCGUCGCUGCUAAACGCCCCGAGGACAAGCCGGUGCUGGCGAAUGUGAGUGCAGCGCUGACGCUGCUGCUGCGCGCGGUGGCAGGCAUCACCAUCGCUGACAUGUUUGGAGUCAGCCUCAAGUCGCUUAUUGCCAUCGGUGGUAUCUCAGGUUUCGCAUUGGCGUUCGCCUCGGAAAAAGUCGUCACAAACUUCUUUGGCGGGCUGGUACUGGUGCUGACACAGCCGUUCGCCGUGCGCGAGAAGAUCCGAGUGGCGGGGCUGAAGGGAAAGGUGCAGGAGAUUGGCUUCCUGCACACCACCAUUGAAGGGGACGACCUGGAGGCCAUCAUCAUCCCCAACUCCAUCUUCACGUCUGCGGUGAUCACCAACAUCACGCGUGCGGGGUGCAAGACAAUGGAGGCGGCAUUCGUGCUGCGACACGAGGACGUGCCGCGAGUGAAGGCCAUCACACACGCGCUCACGGCAUACCUGCACCAGCACCCAAGGGUGGACAAGAGCAAGGGGCCUGCGAUGGGGUACCUGAAGCAGCUCACUGGCUCGGGGCUGCAAAUUGGCGUCAUCGCGUCUAUCAUAGACAUGAGCAAGAGCAAGUUCCUUCCGGUGCAGCAGGAGAUACUGGAGAAGAGCGUCGAGAUCAUUCUGGCGGAGGGCGCUCAGCUGGGGGAGAGCGCGCCCUACGUGCCCUCCGCCCUCUCCAAUGCUGCCUCCUCCUAUGCCGCGCGCAAGAACCUCCUGUGGCAACGCCGCCGCCGCACCGCCGCCAAGAAGUGA